AUGCUGGCUUUCAAGUCCUCUAGUCUCCACCCGAAGAUGAUUAUCAUAGCUGAAGUUUUGGCAACCUCGUGGACCCUCCCGAAGGGCAGGACCCGUAGUCUUUCCUCCGAGAGUUGGGACCCGGCCAGACCUGGGUCGUGGCCGAGCGGAAACCGAACCCGGGGUCAGGGCGGCGGGGCGCGCUUGUUUAGCAAACGUCGAGCUGAAGAGCAGGGUUGGUGGCUGAAGGACCAGGAGCCCCGGAGGAGCUCGUCACCACCCUUGUGCCAGGGGGUGUGCAGGUGUCGUCUGGGUCCCUCCGAUCAGCAGGAGGGCAGUAUAGAAAGCAGUGGCAAGCGCUUGCACACAGCCCAGUCGGCAGGAAGGCCGGCCGAGCACAGAGGGUUUAAACAGGUCACAAUGGAAGAGCGGAUACUGAGAGUCCAGAGGCUCAGAGGGCACACAGGAGGAGAAUUUGAUCCAGAUUUUAUUCUAGACAGCAAAGGAGUAGAGAGUGCCGACAGUGAGAACAGCCCGAAGAGAGCUCCUGAAGAGAGGGCCUUCUGCACGGAGAACAAGAUAGUAUUUAUCUGCAUUUUCUUCCAUUUCUACUCCACAAAUACAGAUGUGCAUGAAAAUUACGCUUUCAGGGACAUUUUGUACAACAUGAAGAAUGACAGAUUUACACGAAAAUCUUGGAUUGAAGGGGUAUUCUACAAGAGAGAGUGUAACAAAUUCAUACCCAGCACAAAAGACCCUCACAGAUGCACUCAAGGCUGCCAAGUCUGUCAGAACUUAGUCAGGUGCUACUGUGGCCGGCUGAUUCAAGAACAUCAUGGGUUGGAUUACACCUGGACCCUUUCAGCCGCUGAGGGCAGUGGAGAGGAACAGUGGUCUGCUGAGAAGCACACAGUGAAGAGCCCUACAGAUACCUUUGGCACCAUUAAUUUCCAAGAUGGAGAGCAUAUCUACCACUCCAAGUACAUCAGAACUUCUUGGGAUACAAACUCGGAACACCUGUUGCAUUUAAUGUUGAAAGAAUGGAAUAUGGAGCUGCCAAAGCUUGUGAUCUCUGUUCAUGGGGGUAUCCAGAACUUCAAGAUGUCCUCCAACCUCAAAGAAGCCUUCAGCCAGGGUCUGGUCAAAGCUGCAGAGACCACAGGAGCAUGGAUAAUUACAGAAGGCAUAAACUCAGGAGUGUCCAAGCACGUUGGGGAUGCCCUAAAAGCCCAUUCCUCUAAGUGUUUGAGGAAAAUCUGGACAGUUGGAAUCCCUCCUUGGGGUGUCAUUGAGAACCAGAGGGAACUGGUUGGAAGAGAUGUAGUGUGCAUGUACCAGCCUGUGAGUGGCAACCCGUUCAGUAAGCUCACCACCCUCAACUCCAUGCACUCUCACUUCAUCCUGUGUGACGAUGGGACAGUGGGCAAGUAUGGGAAUGAGGUGAAGCUCAGGCGGAACCUGGAGAAGCAUCUCUCCACGCAGAAGAUCCACAGCUGCUCAAGACAAGGUGUGCCCGUGGUGGGGUUGGUGGUGGAAGGAGGCCCCAAUGUCAUCCUCUCGGUGUGGGAGACUGUCAAGAACAAGGAGCCUGUGGUGGUGUGUGAGGGCACAGGCCGAGCUGCCGACAUCCUGGCCUUCACCUACAAACACUUGGAGGACGGAGGGAUGCUGCGCCCUCAAGUGAAAGAAGAGAUCAUCUGCUUGGUUCAGAGCAUGUUCAACUUUAGCCUUAGGCAGUCUAAGCACCUUUUCCAAAUUCUAAUGAACUGCAUGGUGCACAAGGAUUGUAUUACCAUAUUUGAUGCUGAUUCUGAGGAGCACCAAGACCUUGAUUUGGCAAUCCUCACGGCUUUGCUGAAGGGCACAAGCUUAUCAGUGUCAGAACAAUUAAACCUGGCAAUGGCUUGGGACAGAGUGGACAUAGCCAAGAAACAUAUCCUAAUUUAUGGACAACACUGGAAGCCUGGUGUUCUAGAACAAGCAAUGUUAGAUGCCUUAGUGAUGGAUCGGGUGGAUUUUGUGAAACUCUUGAUAGAGAAUGGAGUGAACCUUCACCGUUUCCUCACCAUCCCCCGACUGGAAGAUCUUUAUAAUACAAAACAAGGACCAACUAAUAUGUUUUUGCGUCAUCUUGUCCAAGAUGUCAAACAGCACACUCUUCUCUCGAGCUACAGAAUAACGCUCAUCGACAUUGGGCUGGUAAUAGAAUACCUCAUUGGUGGAGCCUACCGAAGCAGCUACACUAGGAAAAGCUUUCGUGUUCUCUACAACAACCUCUACAGAAAAAACAAGAGUGUGAGCAGCUUGUCUCAGAGCCUUUCCCAGCAUCCUCUUCACCAGAGACAUUCCUUGGGAAGCAGAAGUGACUCUUCAGAAAGCACCCCGCAUUCCCAGUUCUUUAGGACUGCCCAGCCCUACAAAUCCAAGGACAAGCCUGGAGACUCUCAUAAAUCAAAGAAGAAGUCAAAGGACAUACACAGCCCGUCGGAGGACCCCGAGCCAGCUGGCUUUGUCUACCCAUACAGCGAGCUGCUGGUGUGGGCUGUGCUCAUGAAGAGGCAGAAGAUGGCCAUGUUCUUCUGGCAGCACGGAGAGGAGGCCACAGUCAAGGCAGUCAUUGCUAGUAUUCUCUAUAGAGCCAUGGCCCGGGAAGCUAAGGAGAGCAACAUGGUGGAUGAUACCUCAGAGGAACUGGAAAAUUACUCAGAGCAGUUCGGCCAGCUUGCCCUGGAUGUGUUAGAGAAGGCUUUCAAGCAGAACGAGCCAAUGGCCAUGAAACUGUUGACCUAUGAACUCAAGAACUGGAGCAAUUUCACCUGCUUGAAACUGGCAGUGUCUGGAGGACUGCGUCCCUUUGUGUCACAUUCUUGUACCCAAAUGCUGCUGACAGACAUGUGGAUGGGACGUCUGAAAAUGAGGAAAAAUUCCUGGCUGAAGAUAAUCAUCAGUAUCCUGUUACCACCCAUGAUUUUGACAUUGGAAUUUAAAAGCAAAGCUGAGAUGUCACAUGUCCCACAAUCCCAGGAUUUCCAGUUUACGUGGAAUAACAGCGACCAGGAUCUCAGUAACACCAAAGAAAGUGCUUGUGCGAAAAACUAUGAUUUGGAAAGAGGCCCUGAUGAGAAACUGGAUGAAAAUGUGCACUUCGACAUCAAAAAUGGGCCCCAGAGCCUCCCCUGGACAAGGAGAGUCUACGAGUUCUACAGCGCUCCCUUUGUGAAGUUUUGGUUUCACACGAUGGCUUACCUGGCAUUCCUCAUGCUGUUCACUUACACAGUGUUGGUGGAGAUGCAGCCCGAACCCAUCGUGCAAGAGUGGUUUGUCAUCAUCUACAUCUUCACCAACGCCAUCGAGAAGGUCAGGGAGAUAUGCAUUUCAGAACCAAGCAAGUUUACUCAAAAGGUGAAGAUGUGGUUGAGCGAAUACUGGAACCUAAUAGAAGCUGUGGCCAUUGUCCUGUUUUUAGUGGGUUUUGGCCUACGGUGGGGAAGCUCCCCUUUGCACACUGUAGGAAGACUCAUCUACUGCCUAGACAUCAUAUUCUGGUUCUCUCGGCUCAUGGACUUCUUCGCUGUCAAUCAACAUGCAGGUCCAUAUGUGACCAUGAUUGCAAAAAUGGCAGCAAACAUGUUCUACAUUGUGAUCAUGAUGGCCAUUGUCCUGCUGAGCUUUGGCGUGGCGCGCAAAGCCAUCCUCUCACCAAAUGAGCCUCCUUCAUGGCGCCUGGCUCGAGAUAUUGUUUUCGAGCCAUACUGGAUGAUGUAUGGAGAAGUCUAUGCUUCAGAUAUAGAUGUUUGUUCAAGUGACCCUUCUUGCCCUCCGGGUUCUUUCCUGACUCCAUUUCUGCAAGCUGUCUACCUCUUUGUCCAAUACAUCAUCAUGGUGAACCUGCUGAUUGCCUGCUUCAACAACAUUUACUUCGAUAUAAAAUCCAUCUCGAACAAAGUCUGGAAAUACAAUCGCUAUCGCUACAUCAUGACCUACCACCAGAAGCCCUGGCUGCCCCCACCCUUGAUCCUGCUGAACCACAUAUGCCUGCUCCUCCGAGGUCUCUGCUGUCGCCCAGGGCCACAGGACCAGGAAGAGGGUGAUGUAGGGCUAAAGCUCUACCUCACCGAGGAGGACUUGAAAAAGCUUUAUGAUUUUGAGGAACAGUGUGUGGAAAAAUAUUUCCAUGAGAAGACGAAAGGGCUGAACUGUAGUUUUGAGGAACAGAUCCGAGUGACGUCAGAACGGGUUUCAGAGAUGUUCUUCCAACUGAAAGAGAUGAAUGAAAAAGUAUCUUUUAUAAAGGACUCCCUACUAUCCUUGGACAGCCAGGUGGGCCACCUCCAGGACCUCUCUGCCCUGACCGUUGACACCCUGAAGGUCCUUUCCGCUGUUGACACGUUGCAGGAAGACGAGGUUCUUCGGACCGACAGAAAGCACUCCACUUGUCGAAAACGUCCCCACAGCUGGACCAAUGUCAUCUGCACAAAUGUUCUCAGCAGCAUGAGAAGCUGUGGAAAGAAGAAAUUUCAGUGCUACAGCAUGCCCCCUUCUUUGCUGCGGAGUCUUGCCAGAAGCCAGCUUCCCCCAAGUGUGCAGAAGGGCACCUUGCUAGAGAUUACACACGAUAAAGGAGAGGCCUCAUGUGUAAGAGAAGACCAAGAGGAACAAGAAAUGGACCCAGUUGCUUCCGGGGUGUCCCAGGUCAGACAAGCGCACUCUAAGUAUGGUCAGUUUCUCCUGGUCCCGUCUUCUGGAAAACAAGUUCCUUUCUCUUUUGAAAGGCCCCCACCUCUUUUCAGAUCAUCUGAAGAAGCCAACAUAGGUGACCUGGCACUGGAACAUGUAUGCCAGCAUGAUAUUACCAUCCGUCUGCCUAUGCAGACCUCUGCUGCCUCCCACCAGGCAUUGGUAGCAGAACGCAAGGAACAACAUGAGGCAGUCACACAGAUGUCAGACAAACAUGACAAGGCCGAAGAAGAUUCACUCACGCUCAGUGGCCUACCUGCUCCCUUGACCAUGACCUCGCUUCCUUCCCGGGCCAUCAGCAUGCAAGCCGAAGGUGGAUAUGUGAACUGGGCCUUUUCCGAAAGUGAUGAAACCGAUGUGUUCAGUUUCAAAAAAAAGUGGAAAACUUGCUUGCCAUCUAUGUGCAGCAGUGAAGAAUGCCCCCUCCAGAGAGGAGGCAGGUUGGGACUGGAGAAUUCAAGAAGAUCGGCCCAGAGUAGUGGGCGCUCCGUCGUGGCAGGACCAUGGGCCCAGCCCAGGAGAUCUUUUUGCCUCAGUUCUCUCUGUAGAGACAGACCUCUCAACAGGAGCCAUAGCUUUAGGUUCCACAAGGAGGAGAAACUGAGGAAGAGCUGGAAGAACAACAGCCUCGCAAGAGCCUCAGAGACAGGCUCAACAUGGAUCAAAGCAAAACUCCUAACCAAGAACAGGAGCCUGUCAAAAAAGAAGAAGAAGAAGACAACUCAGGGACUCCAGGUGCCAGUGAUAACAGUCAAUACCUGCUAUCAAAGUGACCCACUGAAUUCAGAGCCAGGAGAAGCAAACAUCACUGAACAGUACGGCAAGAAGUGGCUCCCCGUGUCCAACUUCAACCAGAUAAGUUUAGAACCUUAUAUAUAUCAGAAAAUGAAAAUGAAGGAAAUUGAGCAACAUACCACACGAGCCAGCGACUACCUGAAGUAUUGUCAAGAGAACCCAGAUGCAAACCCCUCAUGGAGUCCCAGGAACACCAACCUCAACAGGAGUUUUCUAGCAAGAAGCUCAAGUGAAAUUGACAAGAUCUCGGCCUCCUUAAAGAGCCCUCAAGAGCCUCACCACCAUUAUUCAGCCAUUGAAAGGAAUAAUUUAAUGAGGCUUUCUCAGACCAUCCCGUUUACACCAAUCCAGCUGUUUGCAGGAGAAGAGGUGACCAUCUACAGGCUUGAGGAGAGUUCCCCUCUGACUCUCGAUAAGAGCAUGUCCUCUUGGUCCCAGCACGGGAGAGCUGCCAUGAUCCAGGUGCUGUCCCAAGAGGAAAUGGACGGGGGUCUCCGCAAAGCCAUGCGAGUCAUCAGCACGUGGUCUGAGGAUGAAGUUCUCAAGCCCGGGCAGGUUUUCAUUGUGAAGUCCUUUCUCCCGGAGGUUGUACAGACGUGGUAUAAAAUCUUUCAAGAGAGCACUGUGCUUCAUCUUUGCCUGAGGGAAAUUCAACAGCAAAGAGCUGCCCAAAAACUCAUCUAUACCUUCAACCAAGUCAAACCACAAACUAUACCCUAUACACCAAGGUUUCUGGAGGUUUUCUUGAUCUACUGCCAUUCAGCUAACCAAUGGUUAACCAUUGAGAAGUACAUGACAGGGGAGUUCCGGAAAUACAAUAACAACAAUGGUGACGAAAUUGCCCCCACCAACACCCUCGAGGAGCUGAUGCUGGCUUUCUCUCACUGGACAUAUGAGUAUACCCGGGGAGAGCUGCUGGUUUUAGAUUUGCAAGGUGUUGGAGAAAACUUGACAGAUCCGUCUGUUAUAAAACCUGAAGACAAACAAUCAAGAGGGAUGGUGUUUGGACCGGCCAAUUUAGGGGAAGAUGCAAUUAGAAACUUCAUUGCAAAACAUCGCUGCAACUCCUGCUGUGAGAAGCUCAGGCUGCCGGAUUUAAAAAGAAAUGAUUAUUCCCUUGCAAGGGAACAUUGCAACUCAGGACUUGAGAAAAAUAUUGAACCAGCUGAGGGACUUCCAGCAAGAGACAGAAAUAGAAAUCCCCUGGAAGAUCACACACGGCUCUAAAGAGGGCGACAAGGAAGACGAUGGUCUCUUAGCUCCUUUUCCUUGAACUCUGUGGUGAUGUCCACAGACACGAUUCUGUCUACAUCAGAAUCCCUGUCAGGCUGACUGUACAGUGUGGAAGUUUCUGGAAGUGUCCUCUGAUCCUCAUCUCCUGCUAUACCAAGGACACAAUGCCUAAUGGAGGGAUCCUCCCAGAUGUUGACCUCAGAGCAGAAUGUUUGGCGUACAUUCUCAUCUCCUUGUUCUGCAUGAAGACACUGAAGGAGUCCACCAGGGAUGCUCUCCUUUAUACCUCAUUGCUUCAGCUGGCCGCUUGGAACUCUUGGAGCAGAAUGCUGUGCACUGAAGAACUGGGGAAUGAAUUAAUUUAUUUUCUCAUGAUGUUUGCAGACUCUAUCCCCACUGCUAUUCAUCAUUUCAUUCAAGCAUUGUAUCUAUAUACAUACCUAUACCUAUAGGCAUACAUACCUAUACAUACAAUAAAAUGUAUGUGAUUUCUUCUUCCUUCUCCAGGAACACAAGGUUUGAAUGCAACAAACUUGGAUGAGUAUCUGUUGGCCCAGGUUGGAGCAUAAAGAGCCACAAAUGUCAAGUCCUGGUAAACUCUAGAUGCUUUGGAUUAUUGUCUUCUAGUUCCUCUGAAUGAGGGAAAAGGACAAAUUUAAACAAUUUUUUUCUUACAUACCCCCUUUUAUAAAUUCAAAAAUGGGAAUAUGUAAUCCUACAAACUGUUAUGAAAGGCUUCACUGUAUUAAGCUCAGGACACUAAGGUUAGAGACCAUUGCCACCCUCUGCUCAUUUCUCCCUCUUGGCACUGGAUCGCAUCACACCCUCACUCCCCUUGAUCAGUCCUGUGGGGAAAGAUGCAUCUCAAGCUGAAAGGCUUUCCACAUAUUUUCCUCCCUCCACUGCAGCGUUCUGAUGGUUUGAACACUUUAUCAGUUUCUGGAGCUUGAAAUGAGGUGUCCCUGGAAGCAACCCUGUGUUGGGGCAGGUCCCUGUUGCAUGCUGGGUAGGGUUACCCUGCCUCAGAACAAGUGUGAUUUUUUUUUUUUAACAACAGCAGCAGCAACAGCAAAGAUUGAAAGAUGACUCCCGUCUACCCCUGAGGCCCUCACUUAGCCUUCCCACCGGCCAGCAGCAAACCUCCUAGACCUAAAAUUUUCAUCUUUAGUUUUGUCUUUAGUUCUUACAUUCAUUACCUUACUUCUAAAUCUCCUUUAGAAUUCUAAAUCCCUGCUUCCUUAGACUGCACUUCAAGGGAAGUAUUGCUUUGUGGGAUGGAAAACAAUUGCAUCUGGUUCACGUGAUUUUGAGGGUUCAUCUGUAGUCUGUUUCCUUUGAUUGGUAGGAGGUGGAAAGCUUGGACAAUUUCUUACCUCUUUUCUUCCCUCCCUUCCUCCUUCCCUCUUUCUCUACCACCCCCCACCCUUUUGUAGCAUAGGCAGCCUUCAAACUCCCAAUCCUCCUGCCUCAGCCCUUGAAGUAUGUGCUUGGGUGAAACAGUGAUCGGCAGUGAGGCUAGACUAUUGGUGUUGGGAGGCGGUGCUUAGCAAUAUUGUCCAAUCUCUGAAGCAGUAAGGGAUUUGUUUGUUGUCUCACUUUAGCACUGUACUCAACUCUAGAAAGAGCAGAGUUUACUUACGCAAGGGCCAAACCAAGUACACCAAUUUAUUGACCAAAAUACCUGUAAACUGGAAUGAAACUUGAAAGCAAAUA